AUGAACGCGCGUUCCUUAGUUACAAGCGGGAAAAGAAAAGCCAAAAAAUUAGAAAAGCCCGCUACCCUCCCUGCCCUAAGCAUUUUCACGCAUCUUUCAUUCUCCUCACACUGUUGUGCAACUUCUCAAUCAAAGAUCGAAGGUUACGAUUUCAUCUCCAUCUCUCGACUUCAUCAUCUCAAUCAAGAAAAAGGGCUUCUGAUUUCCAUUCAUCUACUUCAUCGUUCCUAUAAAUCGAAAAAGGGGAAUUAUAAUGACGAAGGUAGCGGGAGUUUUGGUCCGGUGGUCGUGGUUCAUCUAUCGAGAAAGGAAGAUGGGAACGCAAGCAGCCAUGGUGGCUCGAUGAUGGAAAUCAAUCGAGAAAGCGGAAGCACCUCUGGGGGGGGGGGGGGAGGUGCUCCGACGGUCUCCUUGGCUGUUCUUCCUUGUCGCCAGCAGAUUACAUGUAGGGAGGGGACUCAACUAGUCCGAUGGAGUAGGGCAAGUAACGACUGGUAUUCACCUGAUUAUCUCUUCCUUCUGCAAACAAUUCUUCGAUCAGAUCCUCAGGGUGCUGUAAAUUUUGCUUUAAUGAUGUCCCAAAUGGAAGGAGGUUGUCCUGUUGAUUACAACACCAUUACAGAUCUUUUCCUUCAGGCAUCUAAUGGGAUGUUCAGUCACUAUGAUCGCCCUCGAAUUGCUCAACUUUGUGAGAAAGCAGGUCUUUAUGUCCGGGCCCUUCAGCAUUACAGCGAGUUGCCAGAUAUCAAACGUGUCAUUUUAUUGGUCAAUUUAAGAGGAAACCUUCAGAUCAUCGUCCAGGUUGCCAAGGAGUAUUGUGAGCAGCUGGGUGUUGAAUCAUGCAUUAAAAUUUUCGAACAAUUUAAAUCAUAUGAUGGCCUUUACUUCUUCUUGGGGUCGUAUUUGAGCUCAAGUGAGGAUCCUGACAUACACUUCAAGUACAUCGAGGCAGCUGCAAAGACAGAGCAAAUCAAGGACGUUGAACGAGUAACACGGGAAUCAAAUUUCUAUGAUGCUGAAAAGACCAAGAAUUUCCUAAUGGAAGCCAAGCUUCCUGAUGCAAGGCCAUUAAUCAACGUGUGUGAUCGCUUUGGCUUUGUUCCAGAUCUCACUCACUACCUUUAUACCAACAACAUGCUUCGGUAUAUCGAAGGUUAUGUUCAGAAGGUCAACCCAGGGAAUGCUCCCCUAGUUGUCGGACAACUCCUAGACGAUGAAUGCCCCGAGGAUUUCAUCAAAGGUUUAAUCCUAUUCGUUCGAUCUCUUCUUCCAGUCGAGCCUCUUAUGGAUGAGUGUGAAGAAAGGAACCGACUUCGUUUACUAACUCAAUUUCUAGAACACCUAUUUAUUAUAGGGGAUGGAACAAAGAUGUAUGAUUUCACAUAUGUUGAGAAUGUUGCACAUGCUCAUUUUCUUGCAAAAACUUUGGAUGUUGUUCAAGACAUUGAUUGGGUCAUUUCUCUUGGAAAUGCUUUUGCAAAGCAGUAUGAGCUUUAUACAUAUGAUGAUGAGCAUUCUGCACUACUUCACAGAAAGUUGAUAACAUGA